CCUUUUUACUGUUACCUCGACCAGAUCCCAGCUCCUAACCGUAGUAGGGAGACCUCUGGUUUAUACUUCGCUUGGCUCGUGGCUGGUAACUAGCUUGCUCCUCCUCUGUGGGUCGGCUUCAGCAAAGCGGAGAAAUGCAGCGAGUCGGAAGAUUUUAGCAACAAAACUUUUAUUCCGUUCCAUCGCCACCGAACACACUUUUUCCCGCUAGCCCGCUAACGCGCACACACACAGGGGGGAGAUAAAGUGGGUGGUCUCUCUUAGCCUACAACACACAACCUGUGGCUUGAAAUACAUUUCCCAUAAGGCUACACGCUUAAAGAGGAAGACUCUGCCUGUAACAAGAGAAAACAAUUCCAUACACAUGUUGUUGUUGUUGCCAUGGAGCUAAAAUGAACAUUCUAGAAUGCUGCCUUUGAUCUUAGAAAUCACUUCUCCGCAAGUGCUGACCAGAGUCGCUCUGAAGUGGAAUGACGUCAUAACCAAUCAAAACGCUGGCCAGUGACGAUGCAUCAGAGGCUUUACAUGGGCCAAAUUCAAGGCGUUCUAUAUCCUGCUUUUGACAAUCAAGAGAUUUAAGGAAAGCAAUAUCAACCUUCAGUACUGAAGUCACUCAUCUGACAUUUUCAAUAAGAUUUCAAAAAAUAAACAAUGUCGCAGGAGAAAUUCAGAGGUUUUAAGAUCGACAGUCUAAAAGAAGCACUGGAACUGAGUGGUGCCAGGAAUACGUUUCUGCUUGAAUCUCAGUUAAAGAAAACCAAAGCUGAGAAUGAAAAUUUGUUGACAGAGGUUCACACCCUCCAGGAAAAUGAGAAAAUCUUAUUUCAAAAUAACAAGAGUCUCUGUGAUGAACUAGCCCAUCUCCAAAGGGUGACUGAGGUAAAACAUGAGGAGAUUGGAAAUCUGACGAGAAAAAUAUUCAAGCUUGAGGAUCAGGUGAAGGAGGCUGAAGAUCAACGGGCCCAAGUGGAGUCUGUGGAGGCAAAAAUGCAGGCAGAGAUUGAGAGAAUGAAUUCUGCACUGCAUUAUCUUCAGGAAAAGCGCGAUUCUCUCCUGGAUGACAACAACCGCAUUGCUGCUGAGCUGUUCCACGCUGAAAUCCAGAGAGACGAACAAAAGGAAGAGAUUUUAAAGCUCAUGAAAGCUGUCAGAGACCUUGAAGAUCAACAGGCAAAGGCUGAAAAAGAUAAACGGGCCCAAGUGUUGUCUGUGGAGGCAAAAAUGCAGGCAGAGAUUGAAAGAAUGAAUUCUGCACUGCAUGAUCUUCAAGAAAAGCGCGAUUCUCUUCUGGAUGACAACCAGAGCAUUGUUGCUGAGCUGGUCCAGGUCAAAAGCCAGAGAGGUGAACAACAGAAGGAGAUUUUACAGCUUCUGUAUGCUGUCCAAGAUCUUGAAGACCAACGGGCAAAGGCUGAAGAUGAUAAACGGGCCCAAGUGGAGUCUCUGGAGGCAAAAAUGCAGGCAGAGAUUGAAAGACUGAAUUCUGCACUCCAUGAUCUUCAAGAAAAGCGCAAUUCUCUCCUGGAUCAGAACAAGCGUGUUGCUGCUGAGCUGGUCCAGGUUGAAAGCCAGAGAGACGAACAAAAGGAGGAGAUUUUAAAGCUUCUGAAAGCUGUCCGAGAACUUUUAGACCAACGGGCAAAGGCUGAAGAUGAUAAACGGGCCCAAGUGGAGUCUCUGGAGGCAAAAAUGCAGGCAGAGAUUGAAAGACUGAACUCUGCACUCCAUGAUCUUCAAGAAAAGCGCAAUUCUCUCCUGGAUCAGAACAAGCGUGUUGCUGCUGAGCUGGUCCAGGUUGAAAGCCAGAGAGAUGAACAAAAGGAGGAGAAUUUAAAGCUUCUGAAUACUGUCCGAGAUCUUGAAGGCCAACGGGCAAAGGCUGAAGAUGAUAAACGGGCCCAAGUGGAGUCUCUGGAGGCAAAAAUGCAGGCAGAGAUUGAAAGACUGAACUCUGCACUCCGUGAUCUUCAAGAAAAGCACGAUUCUCUCCUGGAUCAGAACAAGCGUGUUAUUGCUGAGCUGGUCCAGGUUGAAAGCCAGAAAGGUGAACAAAAGGAGGAGAUUUUAAGGCUUAUGAAAGCUAACAGAAACCUUGAAGACCAAUGGGCAAAGGCUGAAAAAGAUAAGCAGGCCCAAGUGGAGUCUGUGGAGGCAAAAAUGCAGGCAGAGACUGAAAGACUGAAUUCUGUACUGCAUGAUCUUCAAGAAAAGCACGAUUCUCUCCUGGAUCAGGACAAGAGCAUUGUUGCUCAUCUGGUCCAGGUCGAAAGAAAGAGAGAUGAACAACAGAAGGAGAUUUUACAGCUUCUGAAUUCUAUCACAGAUCUUGAAGGCCAACUGAAAAAGGCUGAAAACGAUAAAUGGGCCCAAGUGCAGUCUGUGGAGGCAAAGAUGGAGGCAGAGACUGAAAGACUGAAUUCUGUACUGCAUGAUCUUCAGGAAAAGCACGAUUCUCUCCUGGAUGACAACAAGAGCAUUGCUGCUGAGCUGGUCCUGGUUGAAAGCCAGAGAGAUGAACAAAAGAAGGAGAUUUUAAAACAUGUAAAAGCUAUCACAGAUCUUGAAGACCACGGG